GAUUUGCUUGGGCUUGGGGCCACAAUUCAGAGCUAACAGAGUCACAGAGUAGUUCAGUGGCAAUUUUAUAUACCUUAUUUUUUCUAGAAACGAACAAAAUUUAAAGUAAACCAAAUUCAGCUUAUCUCCAUUGUGCUUCACUUUUCUGCUAAACAUGUCGAAGGCAACAAAGCUGCGAUUCGCACUGAUCACCGAGGAUGUGCUGGACAAGUUGAGGCCGCGCUCACAGUCGGAAAAUGCACGAACAAAUUACAUGAACGAAAUAAGUGUGGCCAUUAGGAUGGCGGUCAACGAGGUUUUGGACGAGAAGAUGCAGCAGCUGAAUGAUACAGUUAAUCGAAUGGUUGAGGAGCGGGUGAGCAAAAUUCUGGAGAGCCACUUGAUUAAGGGGUCGUUGGCGGGGCGCAGUAGCUCAGUAGGAAGAAAAAGGGAUUUGGAUCAUAAGGAAAGCAAGGGAGCAAGGUUUGCUGCUCCAGCCGCAUCAAUUAGUUCCCUAAGAGUUUCCAAUAUCAAACGUGGCCGAAACAAGAGGCAAAAUCCCACCAAGGACCAUGUGACCUUCGCCUCCGACGAUCAGUUGACUAGGAGGCCUAGAACCAAGGCGCAGAAAAUCACUGUAAUGCCCAUCCAUCGCGAGAGCCAGGUGAAGAGUACUCCCUCGAACGGCGACAGCAACCACAACAACACACCGAUGACGACACCUCCACCACCACUUAGCACGGAUAAGAAUAAGCUGGAUGAGGACGACUACUAUAACUUCUCUGAUGUGGAGGAACCCUCGAUCCUAAGCAUGGCUGCCAAAUAUCUCAAGAAACUCGAGGAUGUCCGCCGUCGAAAGCACUCGGCGCAAUAGCUUAGGUAGCCUGUACUUCAAACUUUCGUAGAUACUCCUUCGUAUUUCUUUCCUCGUCAACUCAAUUUUCAAAGUGAGCGUGCAUAUACCAUUAAACAAUGGGUUCGGUAAAAAAAAACUAAAUAAAUGAACCGAGUAAAAUAAUCAUGUGGUCUUAAUAUAUAUGGGAUUUCUAUCCUGAUACAUUUUAAAUGAACAAUAUGCAUUUAUUACAAACAAUUUGAAAAGGCAAGGUGAAAACCAUAUAAAUAGGCCAUCUUCAAAGGCUAUCCCAUUGGUUUAACCCCCGGCAAACAAAUUUCCAUUUAUGCUAGUUUCCAUAUACAUCGCAACAACAUCCGCCACAUACCCCCGCCGAAAAAAAAUGAGAAAAACCCACCGUUGAAGACGUCUAAUCCAUGAAAUAUGUAAAGUGAAAAAUUGAAUCGCAAGCAAUUGUAAAAAUCAGCCUGGUUACAUUUCAGAGGGGGUGGAUGGUGGACAGGGGCUGUGUGGGGUUAAGA